AUGACCUCUUCAAUUGAAGAAAUUGAUAUUGACACUGAUGAAGGUUAUGAUCCAAAUGAUAUUCAAGAAUAUUUAACAGCCACAAUUAUAGCACAAAAUGGAAUGACUGAUUCUAUUAAAGAAAGAUUAAAAUCAAAAAAAGCAAUAUCACACAUUGAAACUGAUAAAAUUAUCAAAUUUUUAUAUAAAGGUAUAGAAACUAUACCAGCUUCACAUCAGUCAUUAGAUUCAAGUAAAGUGUGGAUAUCAUUUUGGAUAUUUCAUGGUUUGGAUAUGUUAGACGCAUUGGAUAAUUACCCAGAUAUUUCAAAAAGAGCAAGUGACUAUUUUAAAAUACUACAAAACGAUAAGUUGGGUGGUGGAUUUGGUGGUGGUAAUUCACAUACAAGCCAUGUUGUUAGUACAUUCGCUGCAACCAGCGCACUUUUUACCAUUGGUACAGAAGAGGCCUACAAUGUUUUCAAUAGAGAAGAAAUGUACAAAUUUUUAAUGCGUAUGAAAACUUCAGAUGGUGCAUUUACAAGUGAGGAUGGUGGUGAAUAUGAUUCUAGAACUACUUAUUGUGCAAUCGCUGUAGCAUCCAUGCUAAAUAUUUUGUCUGAUGAGUUGAUUGAUGGCGUUGUAGAUUUUUUGGUAUCUUGCCAAACUUAUGAAGGUGGCUUUGGUGCCUUCCCAGGUAAUGAAGCUCAUGGUGGUUAUACUUUUUGUGCUGUUUCUGCACUAUCAAUUUUGAAUAGUUUAAAUAAAGUUGAUAUGGACUCAUUACAUAGAUGGAUUACAUUUAGGCAACCAGAGGAUGGUGGUUUUCAAGGUAGAACAAAUAAAUUAGUAGAUACAUGCUAUUCAUACUGGCAAGGUGCUGUUUUUAUUAUAGUCCAAAACUAUUAUGAUCAAUUAAAUAAUAAUAAUAAUAAUAAUAAUAAUAAUAACAAUAACAAUAAUCAAAAAUUACUAUUUGAUCAAACAAAGUUAUUAGAUUAUACCAUUAGAUGUUGCCAACAACAUGAUAAAAUUUUCAGUGGAUUUAGCGAUCAUCCAACAAGAAAUAAAGAUUUUUAUCAUACAUGCUACAGUUUAUCGGGAAUAUCAUUAGCACAACAUAAUGAUAUACCCAAUAUUAUUACAACAAUGAAUUCAAAUACACAAGAACAAACUGUACCACCAAUAACCAUUAAUUCAGAUACUUUUUCAAUUGAUCCAAAAAGCAAAAUAGUUGAACCGAUCCAUCCAAUUUAUAAUAUUAAAAUAUCCAAAUGCGAAAAAGCUUUGAAACACUUUUAUUCUUUAAAUAAAAUAAACUAA